AUGGUGUAUGGUCUGCCACAUUUGGAAGAUGUAAAUGAAGUCUGUGAAGGCUGUCAAUUUAGGAAACAACAUAGAGAGUGGUUUCCAAAGAACCAAGCAUGGAGGGCAAGUACUCCGCUUGAGUUAGUACACAUGGACUUGUGUGGGCCCAUGCAAAACGGGUCUCUUGCAGGUAACAAAUACUUCAUGCUUCUCAUAAAUGACUGCACAAGAAUGAUUUGGGUCUAUUUCCUUAGAUACAAGUCUGAUACACUAAACUGUUUUAGAAAGUUUAAGUCUAUGGUAGAGCUGCAGAGUGAUUUUAAAGUGAAAUGUGUAAGAAGUGAUAAAGGAGGUGAGUUCACAUCUAUUGAAUUCAAUAGGUUGUGUGAAGAAGCAGGCAUUCAAAGGAAGCUCUUAUUGUCAAGAGAUGUGAUAUUUGAUGAAGGAGCAACCUGGAAUUGGAAGGAAGUAGCUGAGAAUCAAGUGACAAUGAUGAACUAUGAAGAGCGACCUAGGAAUCUUGAAGCAACAUCAUUUGAAACACCUGUAGGAAAUCAAAAUCAUGAUUUCAUGUUAGGAGAAAAUGUUUCACAAGGAGAAUCAAGUAAAAUAAGCAGCAGGGUGAAAGACACUCAAAAUUUCGAUCAUACUCCAUUGAAAUGGGGAAAGUUGGAUGAUGUCUUAGCACAAUGCAAUCUGUGCAUUAUGGAGCCUAAGAAAUUUGAUGAAGCUGUAAAGGAUGAGUCAUGGAUAAAGGCAAUGAAGGAUGAGUUGUCAAUGAUAGAGAAAACUGCUACAUGGGAGCUUGUUGACAGACCUACGGAAAAACCAGUAAUUGGAGUUAAAUGGGUGUUUAAAACCAAGUUAAACUUGGAUGGUUCAGUACAGAAGAAUAAGGCAAGGUUAGUGGCUAAAGGAUACUCUCAGAAACCAAGGGUGGACUACAAUGAAACAUUUGCACCAGCGGCUAGAUUAGACACAAUUUGA